GUCAGUGUCCGCUGACAGGACCCGACAGCCAUGGAGGGCACGGUGUACUCGGACAUACACGGGGAUGAGGUCGGGUUACAGCAGAGCUCGUACAGCGAUACGUGCCGGGAGUUCACCGUCACCCGCUCUAAGCUGUCCCUCCGCUCCCUCACCGGCUGUACCUGCGCGGUGUGGCUGGCCGCCUAUGGCAUCUUCCUGGUUACCGAGCACAACGCCGUCCUGUCGGCCGCCAUCCUCUGCACCAUCCUGGGCCUCCUCCUCCACCUGCACCUGGUGAAGAUCGAUCAGGAGUCCCUGCUGCUGCUGGGUUCGCUGGGCAUCCAGAAGAGCGUGACGUACGCCUCGGGCCGGGAGAGCACGGUGUUCCUGGAGAUGUGCCGGGUGCAGGAUGUCGUCAUCAAUGAGGCCAUCUCCAUGUCCAAGGUGCACUACCACCUCUGCAUCCUGCUCAGGGACCCCGCUGACCCCAAGGGGCCCUCCCAGGUCGUCCCCGUCUUCCAGGGCUCCCAGCCCCGCCUGGACUGCUUGGUGGAGAUCUAUCGGAGCUGCCAGGAGAUCCUAUCCAAGAGGAACCAGCCCGGAUGCCGAUAGGCUGUUUCCAU